UAUGGGUAAAUCGUUCUUCGCUUGUACCUCCUUUCUUUUCCUCCCGCUUCCUCCUCCUGCCGUACGCAGCUGCUCUUACCUCCUUCCUAUUCCUCCCGCCUCUUCUCCUGUUAAAACAUUCCAACAAUACAAUCUUAUAGUCUUGUCAACACCUCCAGACUCCAGUCGGCGGCGCAUCUGUCAACCACCCCUCCUCCGCCGCUGCUAUUAUCGGUGUUGACGACAGUGAAAUUUUUGGAAUUCAUAGGUCGUCAGCCAAAAAGAAAUGGAAUUGCAGGAGGGUUUUUCGAUGAGUGAUGAAACUCAAAACAGUAGCUUUUUCUUUCAGCUUAAAUCGUGCUGUUUGGAGCUUCUUGACCUUCUGCAUCAACCUAAGAAGCAAUCAUGUGCUCUUUCUCAAUUGCUCGUCCUUCUUCGCUCUUCAACUUCCGAAGCCAUUCAACCUUUGUUUGACUAUACCUUGUUUCCGUUGCUGCUUCUAUUGGAUGCAGCAGUGGAUUGCCGAUCUGUUCAGAAACGUAAUUCUGAAGAAAAAUCUGCAAUUCUAUUUGCGAAAAAUAAUGUGUCUGAUGCUGUUUCAGAAGGCGUGCUUCAGUGUUUGGAAGAACUCUUAACUAAAUGUUGUUUAGGUUCCGUGAAUCAGAUGACUGUUGUGCUGAAGACGUUAACUCAUGGUGCCAUGCUAUCACCAUCCGAGGCCGCAGAAGAGUUUCGAGGAGGAGUAGUCAAGUGCUUUAGGACAUUGAUUUCCAAUAUAAUUCUGUGCUCCGACACAUCUUGCUCCUGCAAAGAAAGUUUUAGUCGACCUCCCCUUCUAGAUAUUGAAGAUUUAAAAUGCUCAACUGUUGAACACUUGGAGCAUCAUUCAUAUCCGAAGGAAUGCUUAAUUGCAUUUCUGCAGUCAGAAUGUGCUUCCGCUGCUGUUGGACACUGGCUAUCUAUCCUGCUAAAUAUUGCAGAGACCGAGAGCUCACGAGGUCUUAGGGGAAGUGCAAAAAUUCGGAUAGAAGCACUUUUGACCCUACGUGUGCUUGUAGCAAAGGUUGGUACUCCAGAUGCACUAGCUUUCUUUCUGCCUGGAGUUGUUAGUAAAUUGGCUAGAGUUCUGAAUGUCUCCAAAUCUAUGAUUAGUGGGGCUGCUGGAAGUACAGAAGCAACUGAUCAUGCAAUCAGAGGCUUGGCCGAAUUUCUCAUGACAGUCCUUCAGGAUGACUCCGGUACACGUGACCCUCAUGCGCUCGUUAACAGUUUGCCUGGUUUUCUUUCACAUGAGAAUGAAUCCCCACAAUCUUUUAUGGAGGAGCUACGCCAUUUGCAUGUCAAAGCUGAGGAUCGGAUUCCAAAUCCAGCAAAUGAAUCAUGUGUAAAUGCAGUCAUUGUCAUUGGUGAGCUUCUGGAGAAGCAAAGCCCCAACAUCAGUGGUGGACUAGGGCCUUUGCACGUCAAACGUACGAGAGAUUGGCUUGAAAAAACUUCAGUCAAUGUUAAUAGUUUGCUGAGCAACUUAUUUCCACACAUAUGUGUGCAUCCAUCCAAAAGAAUAAGGCGUGGGCUUCUCUCUGCAGUACAUGGACUAUUAUCGAAGUGCAGUUGUAUUUUGAAAGAGAGCAGAUUGAUUCUUUUGGAAUGCUUGUGUUAUUUGGUUUGUGAUGAUUCUAAAGAUGUUUCGAUACCCGCACAAGAUUUCCUUGGAUUCUUGUUCUCCUCAAACGGAAAAUACGUUAUAGAGGAUGAUUUAGCUGAAAUUUUUAACAGGCUACUUGAAAAGCUCCCGAAACUGGUGCUUGGAUGUGAGGAAUCUUUGGCCCUUGCUUCUGCUCAGCAGUUGCUUGCUGUGAUCUAUUAUUCUGGACCUCAACUUGUUUAUAAUCACCUUUUGUGUUCUCCUAUUAAAGCUGCGAAGUUAUUUGAUGUAUUUUCUCUAUGUCUGAGUGAGGAGUCAGUCUUUGCUGGCUCUCUUGGAAAAUUAGUCGUAUCGAGGCCUUCUUCUACUGGAUACUUGCAUUCACUCGCAGAGCUGAAGGUUGGUAGUAUAAAGUCUGUAGACCAAUAUCCUGUCAUUAAUGCCAGUACAUCAGAUAUCUCGAACAUGCGCACUUUGGUCCAGGAAAUACAGUAUUCCGAAGGGCAGACCUAUGAGAAUUAUGAACUUCCACGUAUGCCUCCUUGGUUUGAAAGUGUAGGCAGUCAUAAAUUAUAUGAAGCACUUGUAGGAAUUCUGAGACUUGUGGGUUUAUCCUUAAUUUCGGUUCGUAGUAAUGAAGUGCCUUUAUCAAAAGUGAUUGAGAUUCCAUUGGAUAAUUUGCGUAAAUUAGUCUCUGAGAUACGUAGCAAGGAGUAUAAUAGAGAAAGCUGGGAAUCUUGGUACACUAGGACACAUUCAGGACAGUUGCUGCGACAGGCUGGAACUGCUGCAUGUAUCCUUAACGAGAUGUUAUUCGGCAUGUCAGAUCAAGCAAUCAAUCUGUUCGAAAAAAUAUUUCACAAGUCUGGAGCAAAACUUGAAGAGAAGCAAAAGAGUUAUGCCACUUCUUUUGGUCAGCCCUGCCAAGUGCAAUAUCAUGCUGCUGAUGGGUCUCUUUGGAGGACAAAUGGAGCUGAGAACAUGAAGCAGCAUGUCAUUGGUUGUGUCGGUACCAUUUUACAUGAGUACAUAGCUCCUGAGAUUUGGGAUCUCCCUGUUAUACAUGAAACAUCUCUUUUUCUAUCUGGCUGGAAGUCUGAAAGUAUUAAUAAGCACUUCUUCCAUGAUGUUGCUGCAUUACACCAGGAAAUGGCAUUUUCUCAACUUGUCCUCAUCGAGGGAAUUGGAAUCUUUAAUAUGACCCUUGGCGAGCAUUUUGCAUCAAGUGGAUUCCUUUGUUCCUCCCUGUAUCUGUUGCUUGAAAACCUGAUGUGCUCAAACUCUGAUGUCAAACAUGCAUCUGAUGUUGUGUUACGUUUAAUUUCUUCCACAUCUGGGUGUUCAUCGGUUGGUCACCUAGUUAUGCUAAAUUCAGACUAUGUUAUUGAUUCAUUGUGCCAUCAACUGCGUCAUUUGGAUCUGAACCCUCAUGUCCCAGAUGUGCUUUCUGCAAUGCUUUCCUGUGUUGGAGUAACUCAUAAAAUAUUGCCAUUAUUGGAGGAGCCGAUGCGCUCUGUUUCAAUGGAACUGGAGAUCCUUGGGAGGCAUCAGCACCCAGAAUUGACUAUUCAUUUCUUGAAGGCUGUGGUGCAGAUUGUUAAGGCAGCUAAGCACGAGGCCCACUUGUUGCCUGCUCAAGCAGAAUCUUUUUUGGCAUAUGUUAAUCGUGAAGCUUCUGAUGUGAAAAAGGAACUUGGACGGGACACUAUAUGUGCAGGGGAGCCAGAUAACUGUGCCUUUUUUGAUGACCUUGAUGAGAACAUGGAGCAGUGGGAGAGUAUUUUGUUAAAGCUAAAUGACAAAAAGAGGUACCGUCGGAUCGUUGCAUCUAUUGCCAUCUCCUGUUUGACAGCUGUCACUCCGUUGGUUGCAUCUGAAAAGGAACCAAUAUGCUUGAUUGCAUUGAACAUAAUUGAGGAUGGUAUUGCUACACUUGAGAAAGUGGAGGAAGCAUUCAGGCUUGAGAAAGAGACUAAAGAAGGCAUUGAAGAAGUAGCAAGUUUGUGUUCUUUUUAUAAUCUCAAAGACAUUCUUGAUGCUGCUGACGAUGGGACUGAUGAGAAUAGAUUGCUUCCUGCCAUGAACAAAAUAUGGCCAUAUUUGGUUGUUUGCGUUCGGAAUAGGAUCCCAGUGCCUGUUCGUAGAUGUGCAGAAGUGAUAAGCAAUGUGGUUAAAAUAUGUGGUGGAAACUUCUUCUCUCGACGUUUCCAUAAUGACGGUUCCCACAUCUGGAAGCUUUUAUGUUCAUCACCGUUCAAAAGAAAACCUAAUUUAAGUGACGAAAAAGGACCAAUACUACCUUAUAGAAGUACUUCUCACACAUUGGAAGAUCCUGUCUCUGAAUCUUCCAAUCUGAAAACUCAAAUAGCAGUGCUCCACAUGAUUGCUGAGUUAUCACAAGAUAAAAAUAGUGCUUCAGCUCUUGUAUUAGUAUUCAAGAAAGUAAGUGGUAUUGUGGUUGGAAUAGCAUGCAGUGGUGUGACUGGGCUUUGGGAUGCUUCAAUAGACGCCCUUUCUGGACUCGCAUCAAUUGAUCCUGAUCUUAUUUGGCUCCUACUAGCUGAUGUUUAUUACUCUUUGAAGGAGGGAGAUAUGCAACCACCCAACUCUAUAUUUCCCCACCUUGGUGAAAUUUUGCCACUGCCCAUGUCUUCAAAAGAUUACCUUUAUGUGCAGUAUGGAGGUCAGAGUUAUGGGUUCGAUCUUCAUUUUUUGUCAGUGGAAAAUGCCUUCAAGAAACUGUACCCUGAAAUGUUUGUUAUACUAGCACAACACUAGGUCUGUAGCAAUUAUGUAUAUAAUCUGUAGCAAUUAUGUAUAGUAGAUGAAUCAUGAGAAUGGAUUGUAUUAUUAUUCUUCUGUUGACUUAAUAUUUCUCAGAUCUUGCCUACCGUGUGUAGCAGAAAUUGGGGAUAUUUGUGGAA